CUCUAAAACGCGCUGCUCCCUGAAAGCGCUUCAUAACAGUCAUUUCAUUUAAAUCAGCGCUAGGCAUGGUACGAGUCAUUACACAUCGUUGAGUUGUAAAGUGCUGGGCUUCAUUGUCAGGCAGAUCUGAUCAUGUGCGACUGUUAGUGUUAGCAAACUAGACAACAUCUCCACUGCACUUAUCAUCUGUUUAAGGACAGUCAGUUGACUUUGAUUUUGUGAUGGCAGAAGCGCAGCAACAGCUGGUUGACAUCGACCCGGAUUUCGAGCCUCUCUCCCGGCCGCGCUCAUGCACCUGGCCGCUGCACCGACCGGAAUUCAGCGAGCCGGGGAGCUCGAACACGUCCUCCCCGGCACCGUCCGUAAAGCCGGAGCAAGGUAUCGUGGACUUUAUCAACAGCCUAAGUUUACUAGAGGAGACCGAGGACUACCAGGAGGAGAAACGCCUUUUGAACGACUUCCACUGCCAGGACAACUGCGUUCAUCCCCAGCAACAGCAUCCUCAGCAGUCGAAUCCCCAGCUGACGCACCCGCAACAGGUGCCGCCGCUCCCCACCCCUGCCAGCAGCACCAGUCCUGCAGCGGCCCAGAGGAAGAGCAGCUCGUCUCGUAGGAACGCGUGGGGGAAUAUGUCAUACGCUGAUCUCAUCACCAAGGCGAUCGAGAGCUCCCCUGAGAAGCGGCUCACCCUGUCUCAGAUCUACGAGUGGAUGGUGAAGAGCGUGCCUUACUUCAAAGAUAAGGGCGACAGCAACAGCUCAGCCGGCUGGAAGAACUCAAUCAGACACAAUCUGUCCUUGCACAGUCGUUUCGUGCGCGUCCAGAAUGAAGGAACAGGAAAGAGCUCAUGGUGGAUGCUGAACCCUGAGGGGGGAAAGAGCGGCAAGUCUCCACGCCGGAGGGCCACUUCCAUGGACAACAACAGCAAGUUCACCAAGAGCCGUGGACGAGCUGCCAAGAAAAAGAUGUCAAUGCAGGGUGGUCUGGACGGUGGUUCUAACAGUCCUGGUUCUCAGUACCCAAAAUGGCUCGGCAGCCCCAACUCUCACAGCAAUGACGACUUUGAACCCUGGACCACCUUUCGUACCCGCGCAAGCUCUGAUGCCAGCACGCUCAGCGGCCGGCGCUCGCCUACCUUCCUACCUGAGGAGGACGAAGCCGGGGAGGUCCACAUCGGGUUCCCAGGGACCAAACUUGGUGGGCCCCUCCCCAGCCUGUCCGAAGUAGCGGGUCACCACGGUUCUGACAACGUGAUGAUGAACGACCUCUUAGACAACCUCAACCUCAUCUCGCCCAAAAAUAACACCCAGGGCAACCAAGACGCCCAGACUGCGCUGUCCUCACCCAUGAUGCAGGGUAGCCCCGGGUACCCAUCCUACAACUCCCCCAAUAUGGGUCCUCAGCCCCAGGUCCAGCAGGACUACCGGAAGUGCCUGUACGGACAGGGCGGGGUGGGUGGACUCAGUCCAAUCGCCAUACCGACUUUAUCGGACAGUAAACCAGGAGGCUACGGACCCUUUGUUAGUCAGUACAGCUGUGCUGCAGGUAUGCUCAAAGAGCUGCUGACAGCAGAAGCUGAUCCGAGAGGGGACAUGAUGCAGUCAGUGGGGUCUUGUGAAGGGCGACGGGUGCUACCCAGUUAUGCCAGUCAGGGACAAAUGGGACAGGGGGGCAAAAUGAUUGCACAUCCUCACCUGCACGCACACCCACGAUCGCUUCAUUCGUUGCCCUCGCCAACGAUGGGCAUGAACGGCUGUGCCCUGUUGCCCCACGGGCAUCCCAUUCGCCUCGGUAACAUGAAGCCACAACCACACCUGCCUCAUCACGCUCAGCUGGGAAGAGGCGGAGGUGAGGCCGGGAUGCCGAGUUACACCAACGGCAACGGUUUUCACAGGCACGGACCGGUUCCUCACCUCCAUCACAGCCACCCAGAGCGGCUGCCCAGUGACUUAGAUGACAUGUCGAUCGAGCAGCUGGACUGUGACGUAGAAACUGUCCUACACGACACGCUCAUGGACGGCGAUGCUCUGGACUUCAACUUCGAUCCCAUGAGCGGUCAACAGAAUUUCCCGCACGGGGUCAAAACCAACACGCAUAGCUGGGUAUCUGGAUAAACACAUUAAUCCACUCAAACACAUACAAAUUGGUGAGGCAGGCUGUUUUUGAUUUAUAAUAUGAAUUAAUUGUAGAAAAUGUUCGUGAAUAUAUAUGUACAUGUGUCAUAGACAUAUAGCUGGUCAACUGACAAUUGACUGAAACAGACUGAAUGCUGUCGGUCAUACCAAAAGGUUACACAUACAAGAGAGAUUUAAACUUUUCAUUUCCUUUUCAUCUUUUUUUAAAAGCAUAAACUUAGCACGAUUUUAUUUCCAGUAAUUGCGACUGUCUUGUUAUUGUGACUUUAUUUCUCACAAAUGUGACCUAAUUUCUCAUAGUUGUGACUAUAUAUAUCUCAAAAUUCCCAUUUCUCCCAGUUCUGAAUUUAUCGCUCCCGAAUCUGCAUUUAUUUCUCAUAAUUUCUCCAAAAUUCUAACUUUAUUUCUCAGAAUUGCAACGUUGUGUAUCUCAUAUAAAAUAGAACAAAUUACUGACAUGUCAUUUUAGUCACUAUUACCAUUUUCUCUAUUCUCUCAAGUGUGUGCAUACACCUCAUGAACUGUUUACCUCAACCAGAACUUCUGCAGCCAAUCAGCAGAGGCCAGUGAAUGGUCACUAUUUACUGAUAAACAGUACAUUGUUUCAGUAGACUCCAUGAUUGUCGGGAAUCAUCAUAAUCUGCUUUUGGUUAGUCAGAGUGUAAAUAUUGAAGCUGGCUAAUCAAAAACAGUCAUGUCAUACAUUCACAGACAUGGCUUUUUUGUAUAUUUUUGUCUAGUUGGUCUCAGUUUGGCAACGUAGGUCACUAAAAUGAAUUCAGGGCAGAAGUUUUGUCAUGUCAACUGGAGUGCUGUGUAAUGUCUCGUAUAGUGUACAUUACUGUUAUCAUUGUCAUUUCAGGGUGCUGAAUAAAUGUGUUUUGUACAGAGAUGUAUAUUUUUGUUGUACCAAUGGGAUGGUAAAUGAAAUGUUUAUAUUUGUACACUUUUGAGCUUCUUACUGGUCAUUUUAAAUGCUCUUCAAAGACCCCUCCCAGCCUUUAAAUGUCGAAACAAAUUCUUUUGUGGCCUUGGUUGCUGUAUAUGUAAUAUAGAUCUUCUCAAACUGCUGGAUGAAUUCUUUCAUUGUAUAAAAUAAUUUGUACUUUGUGCCUUCCCCUCUUACAAACUGGCAUUUGGGUCAGUUAUGUGAUGAUUUUUCCUCAAUUUCUGAUUUAAAAAUCUUUUUAUAUACAUAUAUAAAUUUAAAAAAUGGUAUAAUCCUGAGAUUAUCGCAAAGAGUCUUAAAAGGCCAUUGACUUUUUAAUGGCAUGGAAACGUUAGUUCAAGUAUAACCCCAAGAAAACUUCAUGAUAUUCAUGAUUCAAAAAUUCAUGUUUGUAAAAUAAUCCGCUUGAUAAUAAUUAAGUUUUUUUCCCCUCUUUUUUGAUAUUUUUAGAGUAAACAAAUCCUUGAACUUUGGAACGGAACAUUGAAAUCGACAUUUCUUGUCACGAUAUCUUUUUUUUUUUUUCAUCAUCUUGGAUAUUUAUUUGUAUAUUUAUCAUUGACUUGUUCACCAUAAUAGCAAAAUUGAACAAAUCUAAAAUUAGCUAUGCUGAAAUUUUAGAAUCCUCAGUGAAGGUCACCAAAGGUCACAUUUACUUCAGACUAAUUUUGUGUCUAUCUGAGGCUAAAGGCCUCCUUAAAAUGUUUCUCCAUUUAUGUAUUUGACAGAAAUUCUAUGAUAAUUUAAUGUAAUUUAAGACUUUUCUCUGUGUUCUUGUGUUGUACAUACACAUUCAAUGUAACUGCACAUCUACAAAAUAUUUAAUGCUUUGAGAUUUUCAACAUGUGAGAGAUUUUCUAUCCAAACAGUGAGGUGUACCAUGAAGGUUUGUAAAUUAUAAAGAAUAUUUUAAACAUAUGCAUAUAUUUUUAACAGAUAUAAAACUAUCUGCAUUUUAUAGUAAUUUUAGACUGUCUUUAAACAUUAAAAGUAUGCUUUUGUUUGUUAUCUGAUCAUAUCUGUAUAUGAUUUUAAGUAUCACUGACAGUGUGAGGUUUUUUUGGUCUUUGUUUGUUUGAAUCUUUUGACAUGUAAAUAGCACUGACUUUGUCUUAUUUAAUAAUCACAAAUGUCAUUUGUUUUGACUCUAAUUUCUUAUUGGAUGAAUUUGUCUCAAACGUGUUAGUGAUGUUUUUUUUUUUUUGUAUUUGCUGAUUCUAAUGUUGUUGUCUGACGUGACCUAAUUGAGAUGGGGAGAUGUGUUCCCACUGUAGCCGUUUGUACUUUAGAAACAUACACUCAUCGUACAGUCCUUGUCAGAACCACAUGCUUUUAUAGAGUAGUUCUACAUGGAGGAAGUGCCUGAUAAUAUUGUAAUGUAAUUAAACAGCGAUGAAGAAUUGAUUUUCAGUUAUCAAAAGGAAAAUUGCAGCUGUUAUAUGAAGCCAUAAUUGUAUAUAAAGGUAUGAAUAUAUGAAAAAUCA